AUGCAGCUCUUCAAAGCUUUGGGCAGGGGCUUGAAGUCCACGCUCGAAUCCAUUGCAUCCCCGCUCAAAUAUUUGGGCACCACCCGCAGCGUGGGACGAGAGGGCAUCACGCACGAUCUUGAUUUCACGAUCGACCUCGUCGACCUGCCCGACCUUUGGACCUUCCUCGCGACCCACGACGUCGAAGCCCCCGCUCGAGACUUCUUUUACGCGCUCGACUUUACCGAACUCAUGCACCGCUGGGACAUCAUCCCCAUGCUCAACCGCACCAUGGCAACCUCCACGCGCCCAAUCCUCCCCUACACGAUGUACCCCCACGCCCCCGGCCUUCCCGUCCGCUUCCUUGUCGGCUUAGCACAGAUGCCUUUCGAUAUCCACACUAACAUCCUCGUUGACGACUCACCGCGCUUCACGCCGGCCUUCCUGGCGAGGCUAACGGCACCUCUCGCGCUCCCAAACAUGACACCAGAAGCCUUCGGCGCACUAACGAAAUGGCUCUACACGCGUGAUCCGCCCAUCUUCUCUUGCGCCUCGGAGCUUCAGCACCUGUGCGAGCUCUGGGUCGCUGCCGCCCAGCUGGGCAUCUACCUCAAAGCCAACACGUUGUUGCGGCUCGGCAUGGAGCUCAUGACGCCGGGUGACCGCGUGGCCGAUUUCGGCACCGCGCGCUGGGUCUUCAGCAAUACGCCUGCGGGCAGCCCGCUGCGCGGCUUCGUCAUUGUUAUCCUCGCGCAGCGCAGCCAGCCGAACUUCGCCGCCCCGUUUCAGGCGGGCGAUGUGGAGAUUUGGAAGGCGCGCACGGCGUUCAUGGGGAAGCUGCAGCAUGCGAGGAAGGUGCUUGCGUUUGGCACGCGGAAUGCGGAUGGCAGAGUGACGCUAGAUUUUGAGAAGGAGAAGCGGGAGGGGAUGGGCGUGGGACUGGGGAAGUUGCCUAUGCCGGCGUUCUUGGUCUGGGAUGAGAAGGUGUGGAAUGACCGGGGGCAGGUGGUGCCGGAUCGGUUCUUCGUUUUCCCUGAGACGGAGGAAUUUCAUGAGGGACUUGUUGGGUGGUUGAAGGCGGAGUAG